AUGGCUUCACAGCUUAGAGAAAUCUUUCAGCCCAACUCCCCACCAAAUGACCUUGAAAUAGGCAAUCUAGAGUUUAUUCCCACCCUUGGUUCUGCUGUGCAGUCUGGGGAAGACACCUAUAACUCCCCAGUUUCUCAGCUCAAUAUUCCUCCAAAUGACAAUGGCUCCUGGGCAAAGCAGGAGCUCCAAAGCCUGUGGGAGAUGUUUACCUCAUGGUUGCAGCCAGAAAAACAGAGCAAGGAGCAGAUGAUUUCUCAACUGGUCUUGGAGCAGUUUUUCAAAAUUGGCCACUACAAGGACAAGGUUGCCUUGAAAGAAAAGUGGGAAUCAAGUGGCAGAAACAUGGAAAGAUUCAUGGAAGGUCUAACUGAUGACUGCUUGGUGGCUCCUGUCAUGGUCCCUGUCUCCAUGCAGGGGCAGGAAGCCCUCUUUUCUGAGAACAUGCCCUUAAAAGAAGUCAUCAAGUAUUUGAAACAACAGCAGUCAGCAACAAUUCCAACACAAGAGAAUGCAAGGACAUCUUUGCAGAUGCCCCAACACAUGUUAACAGUUUCAUAGACUCUUAUUUCCACAGGAUAUGAAGACAGUGAAAAAGGCUGCAACAAUUUCUGGAAUGCAAGUGAAAUAAACAGUGGUGUGAAUAGUGCAGAACAGGAGAAAGAGCUCCUUAUUAUCCAAGCAGAACAAAACCCUGAGCAUGAAGACGGAGGUUCUUUUUAUGAAAUUCCUCAGGGUGUCAGAAGAGCAAAUGAAGACACCUCCAGCAACGAGGUAGCGUUCUUCCUGAGGGAACAUUCUUCUGAAGAGGUCCCUAUGGAUGUACAAUCAGGAUUUUUCUCCAGGUCAGAAGAGACUGAAGACAAAGAAGAUGAACACAACAUGUUCUGGAAUGCUAGUGACCUAACUCCUGGUGUUAGCAGUCUUGAAAAUGAGAACUCUCCUCUCAUUAUCCCAAUAGAGGAGUGUCUUGAGCCUGAAGAGGAAGGUGUUUCUAAUGGAAUCCAGGACAAUGCUAUAAGAGCAACUCAAGGCACCUCUAGGUCUCUAGAAGAGUCACCCAGGGCAUCUUCUGAAGAUGUCCCAGUGAAGGCACCAGGGCUCUCCAGGCCAGACCUGGCUCCUUCUGAAUCUGUCACUGUUUCCCAAAAUCAUGAAGCAAACUCUGUCUGUGAAGGUCAGCAGGAGACACUCCACCAAGACUUCAAAACACACAAAUGUGAUGAAUGUCCCAAAGCCUACAAAUAUGCCUCUAGUCUUUCAGCUCACCAGAGAAAACACAGGAAGGGGAGGGAAUUUUUCUGUCCCACAUGUCAUAAAGGCUUUUAUAACCGCUCAGACCUGCGAGUUCAUCAGGUCAUCCAUAAUCGAAAGAAGCCUUUUACAUGCAACACGUGCAAAAGAUCCUUCAGCCACAAGACCAACCUGAAGGCUCACGAGAGGAUUCACACAGGGGAGAAGCCCUACACCUGCUCUUCGUGUGACCGUAGCUUCCGCCAGUCAUCCACAUUCCACCGCCACGUGAGGAAUUUCCACAAAUAG